UUCAACAAGAGAAGGAGUUUGCACUUUUCUUUAUUGAAUUUCAUCUUGUUGAUUUUAAUUCUCUUAUUUUAUCAAGGUUGUUUUGUGUUCGAUACCCAUCUUCCAAAGUACUUGCAACAACUCCUAGUCAUGUGCAGAUUUCAUAUACAUACUCUCUGCUCCAUUGUCCAGAUCAUUAAUGAAAUUGACUAGAACAAGACCCAGUACUGAGCUGUUAUGCAGGAUGUCAAACUAGAUUACUCCCUCAUGGAGCUAAUCUACAAGUAGUAUUAAGGUCUGAUAUAUUUUAGGGGAGGGUUAAGACAUACUGUUGAGUCAAAUUUGCUGUAAAAGACUUUGUAAAACAAGAUUUUACAACACUUAAGACAAAAAAAUUCCAUGUUUAAAAAUUCCAGUAUAAUCUUUAAAAUUUACAUAAAACAAACAUGUUGCACUAUAGCAUUUCAUAGGUCACACAUUGCAUCACUGGACCGAGGCAUGAGAAUCUGGGGGGAAAUGAUUAGACUAUUUUUGUAAACAAGCGAAACUGACUGAUCUGUUUUCGUCUUCCAAACUGAGAGAAGUCAAUAAAUGAUAUAUAGUAAAAAAGUAAUAUAUCUAAAGUUUUUUCAGCUUUUCCUAAGGCCUUCAUCUUGCAGUCAAACUCACCAGCAUAUCUUCUAUGUCUCUAUCUUCAGAUCUUGUGGCAGAUCUUUCAAGAUGAAUGCUUGAGUAAUACAUGUGAUGGGAUUCAAUUUUUUCUAACUAAGGCUAUGAUUUAGUCAUGGGUAUUUUAAAUAAAGGUCGGGCAGAAAACAAAAAUGUAUGGCCUGUGACCUAUCUGAGACUUGCACUAAAAUUGCCGGUAGUUAAAUAUGGUGGAGGGAGGGUGUGCUGGCAGAAAGAGGCUCCCAGGGACACGUGAAGCAAGUGGACCAUGGCUGUGCUGGCUGGCAAUCCAGGGCUUGUGCCUAAGGCCAGCUUCUCAGGGCUGCUGAAGCAACAGCUGGUGUAUCUGUUCCUGGGGCCACCUGAGCAGCUUGUCCAGGAGCCAGCUGCUUGAGGUGGCCCUAGGGUCAGUCAUGCUGACCACUGCAGAAGUUGCAAAGGUCACAGAAAGUCACAGAAUCUGUGACUUCUGCGACCUCUGUUACACAAACGGAACGCCAGUCAUAACUUCAUUGUCAUCAGUAAAGUUACUGUCUCUUAUUGCAGCAGUAAAUUUGACUUAAUCUUUUGUUCAAGUUUCAUAACAAGCCUUGUAACUGAGUUUCAAUUUAUGCAUUUAAGUUUUCAUUUUUUUUGUCAAACAAGCUACACAUUGUGGCACACAUCUGAACAAGCGCACUUGACCUCAAUAUUGGUGCACAAGACAAAACUCCCUCUGCUCAAGGAUGGAAAAUCUUAGCGGGAACACUGCAUCUAAGAUAAAAUUUUCUAGAAAUACCACUGCUACCAAGAUGGGGCAAAAUGAUUCAUGCCCUUGUUACAUCUCGAUUGGAUUAUUGUAAUGCGCUCUACAUGGAGCUGCCUUUGAAGAAGCUUCAACUGAUCCAGAAUGCUGUUGCUCGAGGUUUAACUAAUACUCGUUAUAUGGAGCACAUUAUGCCGGUGAUCUGGCAGCUGCACUGGCUUCCAUCUGAAGGUGGAGGUAAAAAGAAACUUAGCAAAGCUGAACGACUGAGAUUACAGAAAGAAGAAGAAGAAAGAAGAUUGAUAGAGGAAGAGGAAGCCCGUUUACGAGCUGAACAAGAAGAAGCAGAAAGACUCGAAAAGGAGAGAAUUUUGCGAGAGGAGACGGAAAGACUUGAAGCAAAAGAUCAAGAGCGGAGAGGAACUGAACUUGCAGAACUCCAUUUGUUGGAAGAGAACUUUUUGUCUGCAAUGCAAUGGAAAGCAGAUUAUAGAGCGCACGCCAAGUGGGAACAUUACAUGCAAUGUGAUGGGAGUCCUGACCCAGCUGUGCCCCAAGAAAUUAAUACUUUCAUGACCUUGUGGAGAGAAAAUAAAAAUGAAGAUAUUGAGUUUGUGAUUGAGAAAGGAAACCAAGUGUUAAAUUUAAUCAAAAAGUUGGAUUUUCUAUUGUUGGAUACCCCGCCAAACGAGCUAACGGAAAAGAUUAUAGCUCAGUACCAGGAGUCAAUUCUGGAAUUGCAAAGUCUUCUUCAUCAGAAAUACAAUGAAGCAACAGAGCACCUACUUAAAAAGGCUAAUACUUAUGCAGAUUCUGACAGCGGAAAUAUGGAGGUGGUCAUAAAAGAUAAAAAUAUCACUUUCUGUAUUUGGGGAAACCUCAAGAAAAAUCCAAGGUUCGGACAUCAUAUGUUCAGUGAUGCAGAAAAUGGAUUUGACCUUCCAAAGGCAGUAGCCACAAGUGAUGUUGCUGUCCGCAUCUUGCACACUCACUAUGAUCAUAUUUCUCCACUACCACAUGUUCCCACACUGCAUCUAAAGGUGGAUGCUCCAGAAAGCAAACAAAAAAUAACUCUGUUUUGUGAUAUGAAAGAAGAAGAAGAAAAAGAAGUGGAACAAGAGAGUGAAGACCAGCUAGUAACUGAAGGAAGAAAGAGUACCAUCUCUUUCAAAGACAACACUAAAAAUGAUACUGAUGAAAAUGAGAAGCUAGAAGAGGAAUCUGAUAAGAAAUUAGAAAGCGUUAGCACCAUUUCUGGAGUUCAGAUUGCAUCACUGGAAGUGGCCACUGAUGAAAAUGAAGAAGAGAUAAUUGAUGAAAAUGUAGUUGAUUUGCACCAGUUCACGCCAGUGGGUGGAGUGUACCUUAUUGAUGCAUUGAAGCUCCCACCUCAGGCCAAACAAAUUAACGGCUGGACCAUGGUGGAAUUACUUGAUUUAGGUUUGGAGAUGUAUCCCUAUCCUCCAGAAUCAGAAGAAACCAAUGAUGCUACAUAUCCGCGUAUAGGUGUCACUCUUAGACUUCUUGACAGUGUGAUAUUUUUUGAGGAACCUCUGGUUGCCAGAUGGGACUCUGCAGGCAAACAAUGGAGAACUGAUGGUAUCAAUGACAUAAAGUACAAAAUGAAAGAGAAACAAAUCUCUUUUGAUAUGGAUGCUUUUUAUACAAUCACCCUGAUUCAGGAUGCUCACCUGAACAUGCCAUACCAGUCAUGGGAACUGAGACCUACUGGCACAGAUGAAUUACUUUUCACUGUUGUUACAGCCUUUGCAGAAGUUCAAAUGCAAAUUAAGGGUAAUCAGUGUAUGUUGUCUUCAGUAAUUGUGGAUGGGGGUGAGCAGCUUUCGCACUUGACGGGAAGAUGGACAUCUCCAGUUAGCCUAACAGUGGCUUUGAAAAAGGCUGGAGUGAACAUUUUCCCCUCAGACUAUUCUCACAAGUUCGUCUGUGUGAACAAGAAGACUCCAUUAGCAGAAAUCACAGCUUAUCAACAGAUGGCACUGGUUGCAUCUGCUUUUGCUUUCAGUUGGAGCAAGUGGAAUCUGGUAUCUGGUCAAGAUCAAGUAGUAUUUAAGGUGAGUGAACACCUUAAAACAGAUACUGUUACUGAGGAAGACUGGUCCCUUUACAUGUUUAAUGGCCAGCGAGCACAAAGACUCAAAAUCAAUGAAAGUAGUGAAGCCUUCUCAGAAGAGCUAGCAAGCAAUACUGAAUUUCAUUCUACUCUCUACCAUCUGAUCAAGGAUUUUGCCAGUGAAGAAGCACUUGAAAAAGUAAAGAAAACUAGUUGCCUAUUUAUCGAUGCUGUAUACCAACUGCUCAUUGCUACUAGAGUGUUAACAUACUCUUGAGACAAUUUUCAAUUCUCUUUAUUGUGUAUCAAUAAAAUUACAUUAGUCUUGAUUUGA